AUGGCAGCUCUACAGUUGAAUCGGCUUUUAUCAGACUACUUGUCAGACGAAUCCAGUGUCCAUGUCAACGUCCCUUUUAUCACCGAGACGAUUAUCAACAACGACUUGUUGAACGAUCAACAAAAAGACGAUCACGACGAUCUGGGAGCUGUCAAACGAAAAUGGACCGUGAGACUCAAUGCACUCUUGCAAUCACGUCAACCUUUGGCACGAUGGGCAGCUAUCAGCCUUGUCAAGCUUACUUGUGAGCAGUCGUCUUCGCUCUAUACGGCCAACGCUCAAACAUGGUGUGCUCAGUGCUUGGGCUUUUUAGCGCGUCCAGAACAACCUACCGUGCAUGAUAUUGUAAUCAAGACACUUUCGUUGAUAUUCACCAAGUCCGUUGGCAAGCCUGACCUGUUGACCGAUGUCACAAACAAAAACUUGUCUCGCUUCCAUCAAUUGUUGGUUACUCUUGCAAGUCGUCCUGAUCAUCAAUUCCAGACCACUGCUUUGAAUGCCUUGACAAUCGACAUGGAAUUAUUCCCUUCUACGACUCGCCACGUGAUUGAUAAAGUCGCCAAAUCAUGCAUCAUUCCUUAUCUCGAAGGCAGGAUCCACAUUGAUUCCGAACUCGUUGGUCAAUAUUUGGUGGCAUCAACACGAUCAGGCGGCAAAGCCAACAUUGCUACCCAAUGGAAUGAGAUGCUCUUGAAAUUGGUUGACACAGCCCAUCAAGCACUCGAUAGACUUUUCGAUACAAUUGACGAAGAGGACUCGGCUUCAUUCAGCAGAACUCCUGCAUAUCAGCUUUUCCCCUUGUCGGUUGAUUACACAAUGUCAUUCCCUGUUCUUUUGCAACGUGUACAGACCUUGAUGAAUGUCGUAUCAGCUUGUCUUACUACCAAGACCGAGUCGGCGGUUGCUGUUCCAUUCGCUCGUAUUAUUCAGCUCGUUUGCCGUGUAUACAAUGUCUUUCCAGGGUGCGCGAUGCGUGAAUUCAAGCCAAAGGAUGAGCAUACUUGUCUCAUGGGUCUUUUACCGGCACUUUAUCUCAGCACAAACAAGGUGUUAUCAAGCUUGCUUUAUUGUGCGGAUGCUGGUAUGACACAAUAUGGAAAGCUUUUAUCGAGUAUUUUACUCCGGUUAUUGAGCGAGAGCAAAAACAAGCGGUCCCUGAGAAUUUCUGUGUAUGAAUUGCUUUCAUUGUGCCUUGAACAAUAUGGCCAUGCAUUUGCUGCCAACAUUUCAAAAGCGGCUGUCCAAUGUGUAUGCGAUGACUUGAAGAUCCCAGAACGUAAACCUGUCAGCAUUAUAUCCAAUGUCAAGGCUGGUAAAAAGAGGGCAGCAGAUCAACAAACGGGUGCAGUUAUUGAUGGAGAGGAAGCACAAUCGGUGCCUAGUGAUGUGCAACUGGCAGCUCUUGAUGCGGCUGAGCAAUUAAUGGUGUGCUAUGGUCAUGCAAUGGGUGAAGCUCAAAGGAGAGCAUUGGAUACAGCAAUCAUUUCAAGGCUCUUGCAACCUUCGAAUGCCGAGACGACCAUCAUCAAAGGAAAGCUUUAUGGUUACGUUAUAGCCUCCGUUAUGAAUCCCAAUCCAGCACAAGCUAGCAUAUUACCUUAUGCAGUACGUAUUUUCACCGCUGGCGUCAAUGCAGAGACACAUGAGCUACGAGCGAUUUGCAAACGAGGUCUUGCUAUUUGCGACUUGUGCGUACAUACACGACUACCACCUAUUCAACGUGCUGUAUCUGCACCUGCUGCACCUGCCAUUCAAACCGAGGUUGUUGAGGAAGUUGUAAAGCAAAAUGAUUUUGAAAUGACUCGAGAUCUCUCGCCAUCAUCAUCACCAACGCCACCAAUGGCAUCACCAGCCACAAAGGAGAUCCCUGUACAACGUCCCAAAUCGCCACCAAGACAACCAUCAUCAUCACCAGCAUCAUCGAUCGCACCCAUCGUUCCUACCAUGGUCGCCACAGAUACAGAGCCUAUUCAAAAAGACAUACUUGAGCCAAGCGAAUCCAUGGCUCGUGCCAUGUCGGAUGUGAUAGAGGAAGCGCAAGUGAUUGAAACGGUAACAACGACGACGUCGAUGGAUUCAAAAGAUACGGAGAUGCUUUCACGGCAACCAACUGAAAACUCAUUUACCAUGACCAUCGAUCGUCAAGAUUCAGCCACCCCAACGACGGCUUUUACAACAAUCAACGAUAAAGAUGAUGAUGAGGAGGAGGAUGAGGGAUCAUUUGACAUACCCGAUAUUGAUAUGGCAGGACCAGACGAUGAUGAUGAAGAUGAAGAAUAA